AUUAAAUUUUAUGAUUUUCCCCAUACCCAAAAACACUUAUAGAGAAGGAGAUCUUAAGGUUCAUUUUUUAUAGUAUCUCUUAGGAACUAAUUAAAAUUCCAUUUUAUGAAGAUAUAUUUAAAUUUCUGCCCAACUCUCCUAAAACCAAAAUCUUUUUUCAUAAAAUAGAUCCCUUUAAACCUCCUGAUGAAAUACCUCAUGUAAUUCAAUAUAAUAUAACUUAUUAGGAUGUAAGUACUCAAUCUAUAUAUGAUGAUCAUGUAGAUGAACUUCCAAGUUAAAGAAUUCCUCGUAUCACUUAAACAGCUACUCUAAAACCUAAAAAUUCAAUGUAAUUUAACAUCUAAUUAUUGUAAAGUGCAUUAAGAUUUUCCCUCUCUCCUCGUACGAAUUAUAGUAAUCAAAUUCCAACAAGUCUGACUAAUAGAAGUUGUAAAUAGAUUAAAGAAAUUCCAUGUCUUUAUUUAAAAUCUUACACUAUGACUAAAAGAACUAUCAUUUAUUUCCAUGCAAAUUGUGAAGAUCUUAAAUCAUCCUACAAUCUUAUUGACUUUCUUAGACAUAAUAUGAGAAUGAACAUUUUAGCAGUUGAAUAUCCAGGAUAUGGAAUAUAUUAAGGAGAACCUUCAGAAGAAUUAAUCUUAAAAGAUGCAGAAUAUAUUUACAAGUAUAUGGCCUUUCAUUCAGGCAUAGAAGAAUAGAAUAUAAUACUCAUGGGUAGAUCCAUUGGAACUGGAGUAGCUUGUCAUGUUGCAUCACUUUUCAAACCCUCUGUACUAGUUCUUAUCUCUCCUUUCUUAUCCUUAUAAGAAAUUGUCAAUGAAAAAUAUCCUUUACUUAGGAAAAUGCUCAAGGAGAGAUUCACUAACAAAGAUAAAAUACUCAAAAUCAAAUCACCACUCUACAUCUUACAUGGACUCAAAGAUUCAAUAGUCUCAGUAGAACAAUCUAAAAAACUUUAUGGUAUAUUUAAAAUCUCUCUAACUUUUUUAGAAUUAUGUAAAACACCAUGUCUAAUUAGAACACCACCUGAAAUGACACAUACUAAAUUUCAAUUUGAAUAAGAUUUAUCCUUGCCUCUUAUGGGGUUCAUGAGAUAAUUGAAUAUACUUUGA